AUGAUAAAGUACGUUUAGAGUGCCAUCUACCUGCUAUCAAGAUUUUGUUACGCGUGACGUUGGGUUAUUCAGAUCAUUUUUGUUCAUUCUGUUUGAAGUCUAACACACGGAAGCUUUGUGAUACUAGUACGAUCGAUCCAGUUGCAACUUCAGAUUAUAUAAGAUGUACGUUGUUAAAUGUUUGCAUAUCUAAAAAGAUAUUUGAUUUGUUCGCAUGACGACUGCUGAUCCAUGUAAAAAGUUUGCAUGUAAAUUACAGCAGUGUUUACAAGACAACGUCUAUCAACCAUCACGGUGUGAGUACGUUAUAGAGGAAUUAAGACAGUGUUGUAUAAAACAUUCUGCUAUUUCGUUAGUCUGUGAUGGUAUAGAUACCUCCAAACCAUACGAACAUAAUACAGUCGAUUACAGAAAAGCUCAGAAAUAAAAUUCAUUAUGGAUAAGAAAUUCAAAAUUGUACGCUUGGAAAACAACAAAAGAUUAAUGUCUAUUAGAAUAUGCGGAGCAAUAGCACUGACUAUUAUUUCAUCGACAUUGUAUCAAUGGACACAAACACCGCAAAUUCCAAAAAACAAGUAGACAUAAAUAUGUUUGUAUUUUAACACAAGUAAUGUAUGAAUAAAUAGCAAAUACACAUAUAAUAGAUAUUAA